AUGCCUCUGUUCUACGGGACUACACUUUUCACGGGCUUGUGCUACCCCCGUGAUCAACAGCGGGUGUUUCUGCCUCGCGCGGCGGUUCUCGGCCCGGUCGCGGAUUGGAGCACGUACACGAAUUGCUAUGGGAGGCGGUUGGCCAAAUAUGACGGGCAGGCGGGGACGGCGUUGAUUGUGUUGGAUCCGGCGAGCCACAAGGGGAAUGGGUUGAAUGAGACGGCCUUUAUGGCGAGGCUGUUGAGCGAGUUGAGGGCCAAGGGCGUGUCCAAGUACGCGGUGCCGAGGCUGGUGAUGGUCCAGGAAGACUUGGUGGAUGCGGGCGUUACGUUUAAGCAGGCGAAGAAUGUAGUCAAGAAUAUUGAUUAG